AUGAAGCAGCACAUGCCUAAUAAGCCUAAUCAUUGGGGCUAUAAAAUGUUUGUACUUGUCGGUGAGAAUCCACAAUACGGCUUUUGUACUGAUAUUGUGCUUGACUUAAGUGAAACCGUACCACGUUUAAUGAACCAUAAAAUCUAUUUUGACAAUUACUGCACAAAUAUUCGGCUGCAAGUCGAAUUAAAACGACUGGGUAUUUAUGCGGUGGGUACAGUAAGAUCCAACCGACUACCCGACCUUGUUAUGAAAACUAAACAAGAAUUAACACGUGAAGGUCGAGGAGCAAUGGACUAUCGUAUAGCUGAAGUUGAUGGUGUGGAAUUAUGUGCCACCAGAUGGUACGGCAACAACGUUGUCAAUCGCCUAUCGACAUUGCACGGUUGUGAUAAUACUGAUUUAGCUAAACGAUGGUCAUCAAAAUAG